GCUCUUAAUUGGGGAUUUUUCCUGGGUCGGGUGCGCUUGAGCAAGCGAGCGAAGCUAGUGUUGUCGCCAUGUCCGGCCGCGGGAAGCAGGGAGGCAAAGCGAGGGCCAAGGCCAAGUCUCGGUCCUCCAGGGCGGGCCUGCAGUUCCCGGUGGGCCGCGUGCACCGCCUCCUGCGGAAGGGCAACUACGCCGAGAGGGUGGGCGCGGGGGCCCCCGUCUACCUGGCCGCCGUCCUGGAGUACCUGACGGCCGAGAUCCUGGAGCUGGCGGGGAACGCCGCCCGGGACAACAAGAAGACCCGCAUCAUCCCCCGGCACCUGCAGCUGGCCAUCCGCAACGACGAGGAACUGAACAAGCUCCUGGGCAAAGUCACCAUCGCCCAGGGAGGGGUCCUCCCCAACAUCCAGGCCGUCCUCCUCCCCAAGAAGACCGAGAGCCACAAGGCCAAAGGCAAGUGAGGCGGCUGGCCAACUCCCUCGGCCCCGAAACCCAACGGCUCUUUUCAGAGCCCCCCACGGCUUCCAGGAAGAGCUGGCCAUCGCUCUCUCCGUGGUUUACUUUUAGGCACUUCUCCGAUGUCAGAAUUCAGAGGCCUAGCUGGGUUAGUCAGGUAAAUGCACUAAUAAUAAUGAUAAUGAUAAUACUGUAAUCAAUAGGCUUACAUUUAAAAGAAGCCAUGCGAAGCCCAAUAUCCCAGUUAUUCCCUCCCUUCCCUAAAACAUCAAUUAAACAGAUGGGCCAUUAAAAGGAUUUUGUAGCACCUUUAGGACUAACUGAAAGAAGCUGGUGGCAUUGGCUUUUGAAGACUGGAACCUACUUCCUUAGAUGCAUGAUUGACACUGGACAGUCCAGAGAGAGUCCAGGGUCACCCUUAGACUUGAGCCUCCUUCAGAUGCAUUAGGUGGAGUGGAGUGUCCAAAGACAGACCAUAGAUCUGGCAAAACAAACCAUAGGCCUCUCUUUGGACUCCAUUUCAUGCGUCUGAGGAAGGAGGCUCAAGUCUAAGAAAGCUCAGGGCACCAGCUCUCAUACAGUUGGGUCCCAAACACACUGCAGCAAUCAUCCAGUUUGAGACCGCUUUAACUGCCCUGGCUAAGUGCUAGGGAAUCCUGGAGACUGCAGUUUAUUGUGGCACAGAAAAGGUAAAUGUCUCACAAAGCUACAGUUCCCAGAAUUCCCUAGCACUGAGCCAAGUGUUCUCAAACUGAAUUAUUGCUGCAGUGUGUGCUGGACCUUAGUCUCAAAGGUGCCACAAGAUCCUUUUGCAAACAGAUCCUAAAGUGGCACUAGGUUGGGGAUGCUUUGGAGCCAGAUCUUGGCUGUGUUUCUUUGUAUCUGUCUUUUUAAAAAAAUGGUUACUUAGUAGCAUGCCUCCAGAUUAGACCUAAAGGAAGCUAGGAUACUAUACCACAGACAACUAGUUAUUAUGUUGCUCAAACUCAAGUCAGUGGAAGAGAAGAAGAUACGGUUGGCCUUCUCCAAAGUUAUUCAGUACUCAGGGUCUCACAGUAUAUACACUGUACAUACACACGCAGUAUAUAUGUGCACACAUACCCCAAACUCUUUUCCAUACCAGUAUUCUCUGAAGAUGCCAGCCACAGAUGCAGGCGAUACGUCAGGAAUAAACUCUUCUGGAACAUGGCCACAUAGCCCGAAAAACCCACAAAAACUAUGGAUGCCGGCCAUGAAAGCCUUCGACGUCACAUGAGAAGAUACGUGUGACUUUGGGUGGCCUUGGGUAGACCCAGUUGCUUGUCAUCAUGGACCAAAUGAUACCAAAAGCAAUUUGCACCUCCAAACUUGUCUUUGGGACCCUCAGGUAUAAAGCAUGUUGAAUAGGACCAGGCAGGCAAAUUCUCGCCAAAUUCUAGACCAAGGCUGUAAGGUUGGACUUCUAGCGUUCCAGAUGUUUUGGACUACAAACCCCACAUUCCUAUCCCUCUUCUCAGGCUUGAUGGGUCUGGUGGAUCUUAUGGACCAUGAAUUGGCCGGGGUUCAGUUUUACGCCUCUGCUCAACACCAAAAAUAAAACCUGCACAUGGAAGAAAAUAUUCAUCCACAAUCCACCUACGUAAUCUCUUUAAUCUUUAAUUAAAGUUCUCUAAAAGUCUGGACAGACAAUAACCGGGAAGAUCAGGCUCUCAAGUGACAAAUAAGAGCAGGGUGUCUUCCUCUUUCCCACCAUUUAGGGCAUGGGUCUUUUUUGGUGUUUGGGGAAAAUAUUUGGAGAAGAAAAGUCCCUAAGUGGAUUCAUAGCACUAUAAUUAUGUUGUGUGAAAAAAACCACGAGUUCUUGCUGUCUGAUCCACCCUCCACAAUGAUGGUGCCUUGCCACUCCUUAAAUCGCCAUUGCUAGGACAGAUACGCCACAGAAAUGUCUGAGUCUUGAGUCAUCUCUAAGGAUAGGAAGUCAAGCCAUUCCUUUGU